CUAACUUUUUAACUUACAUAAACGGAAGAAUUAUUUCGAACUGACAAUGUUAUCUCCUUCAGCAGAGAGCAAGAGCGAUGCUUCCGUCAAUAGGAAAAUCAACAGGACUUCGGCCAGGCGCAUUCAGAGGGAGCUGGAGGAGAUCUCCAGGGAUCCGCCGCCCAACUGCAGUGCCGGUCCCAAGGAAGACAAUCUGUACGAGUGGACGUCCACGAUUAUUGGACCUACGGACUCCGUUUACGAGGGCGGAAUGUUCAAACUCGACAUAUACUUCCCGCUGGAGUAUCCCUUUGCACCGCCAAAGAUCGUGUUUCGCACGCCCAUCUAUCACUGCAACAUCCACCGACUGGGCAUCAUUUGCCUGGACAUUCUGAAGGAACGCUGGUCGCCGGCACUCACUAUUUCGAAGAUUUUGCUGUCCAUUUGCUCCCUACUCACCGACUGUAAUCCCGCCGAUCCGCUGGUGGCCAGCAUUGGCAAGGAAUAUGUGAAGAAUCGCCAGGAACAUGAUAAGAAGGCACGUCUCUGGACUAAAAGGUUUGCAAAAAUGGAUUAGAUGGGCAGAUCUUGUAAGGAUUUACCAAAAACAUAAAUUUACAUCCGAUAAAUUAGAAGUAGGCCAUGGUCUUUUCCACGAAACAGCAACAUCAACCGAUCCGAAUUAUACAAAAGAUGUUAAGUUGUUUUA